AUGAACACCCAAUCAUUCCCGGACUUUAAGAUCUUGCCCUACAAGUCAAAGACUGCACCAGACGAAAAGCCUCCAUGGUCGCUAAACCAUCCGAUUAGCCUCAAACAGCCGUCAUCCUGGACAUACUGCGGUCCACUCUUAGAAUUGGACCUCAAACAGCCGUCAUCUUUCCAAAAAUGGCAUGAUGCUACUAUCAACGGCUCCCUCAUCCAGCCACUCGUUUCGUUCCUGGGCUACGCCCACGAGAUAUUAACCUCAAACAACAUUUCGCAUUACUGGCUCACCAUUCGGGCCUCAACAGGCUCGUCCGAGUUUGACAUUCCCCGAUGGCACACAGAUGAACUAUUCUUCGCCCCCCAGCCCUCAAAGAGACCAACCCACCGGCGCAGCUCUUCAAUAAGAGAUGCAAUCAGCCGAGCCCAGCGACUAACAGCCACGCACGCCGGGAAAAGGAGCAGAGCUAUCCUAUUCGACGAAGAUCUCCCUCUCUCCCAAGCCCAAAUAGCAACUUCCAGCCCAAGUCCAACAAACUGGAAGCUUACAACUACCCUCCUGGGCCCAGGAACCCUCUUCAUCGGCCCCGAAACCGGGGCCGUCGCCCGCAAAGUCCAGCAGAAGGUCAAACAAACAAUCCGCGAAGAACACCCCAACCAUCCAUGCUCGUCAAUCCGCUGUGUCGGCUGCGCUACAGCCUCGGAAGCUGUCAGGGCUCGACUGGCCUUUGCCCUUUCGCCGCAUGGGAUCGUGCAGGCGCGGCGCGGGGAAUGCGUCUUCUUCUUAGGGGGGGGGAGGAAGAGGGGGCCGUCCAUUCAGAACCCAGCUCACAUGGAGAUCGAAUAUUCGUCAAUUUGGUUCCUGGGACGGAGGCGGAUUUGCGAAGUCUAA